GUUCUUGCCGCGAAAUAGCAGCUACUUCCGUUUUGCUUCGAUCUGCUCCUGUUACUAGGGCUACUUAAAAAUACGCUUAAUUACAUCUCAGUGAACGAAGAUGCCGAAGGUGAAAUCCAGUCAAAGGCAAUCGCAAGUAGAUGCAGAUUCGGACGAUGAAUCUCCAAUGACACAAGCCUCUCAGACACAAUCAUUGUCACAGGCAGAAAGAAAUGCUUCAAGUAUUGCUCCUGGUUUAAUUGAUUCCAAGGUUAAUGAGAUCGUUCAGUUUAUGUUGAUUAUGGAACAAAAAAAAAUGCCAAUAAAAGAAUUGAUAUUAAUAAACAUGUGUUAAAAGAUUCUUAUAAAAGCAUUUAUGCUGUUGCAAUGGAACGAGCAAAAACGAAGCUGAAACAGGUAUAUGGUAUGGAAAUGGCUGAAGUACAACAUGGAAAACAAAAAGCUUAUAUUCUAUUGAACAACCUUGAUAUGACUGGAACAGAGGAUUAUAUUGAUAGUUCCCCUGAUGAGCCAAAAAUGGGUUUAUUAAUGGUCGUAUUGAGUAUAAUAUUUAUGAGUGGCAGUGUAAUAACAGAAUUUUCACUUUGGCAUUCAUUAAAGAAACUUGGAAUUUAUAAAGAUAAAAGUCAUGAAGUAUUUGGAGAUGUGAAGAAAUUGUUGACUCAGGAAUUUACCAGACAAACGUACUUGGACUAUAACAGAGUUCUGAACUCGGACCCACCAUCUUAUCAGUUUCAAUGGGGUUCAAGGGCUCAUAAAGAAAUAUCAAAAAGAAGUGUUUUAGAAUUUGUCACAAAGAUGUAUGGUAAAGAAAUGCAAGUAGAUUCAUGGAAAUCACAAUAUAAAGAAGUUUUAAGAUCAGAAGGAAAACUAACACCUGGUGUAGCGAAAAAUGGAAUUUAGAAACAUCGUAUCUAUUGAAUUUCUACUCGCUUUUGAUACAUUACAACAGAAUAAAUUUUGUUUGAGGCAUCUCAUUUUUUUGGAAGUGAAAGAAGAGCAAGAUGACAUGUAUAAACUGCGUGAAUACCUGGUAAUGACUUCCAAGUUAGCCAAUGACGUCAAAAUGAUUAGCGGAUAUUUAGGUACUGAACCUUCAUAUUAUAAACAAAGAGUUAUACAUUGUAUCCUAAUGUUACAACUAUGUUUAAGUCACACAUCUGCAAAUAUCUCCCACAUAGAAAGCUGAAAAAAAAUGCUGGUUGGUAAAAAAUUACUUUUCCAGCUAUUUGCAUGUUAUUAUGUGUUUACCAAAAAAACGUCAAGGUGAAAGAUGCUGCAGUUCAAAGAUAUGUGCUACCAAGGAUUCAUAAGAUAAGAGUAUACAAUCUUGAUGACACAUGUAUGGUGAUAUGCAAAUGUUCCAAGGGCAUUCAAAAUCCUUCUGACCAAUAGCCAUCACAGAAUGAAAUGCUUAAAAAGAUUUGAUUGUGGAAACAGAACAGAACAAGUUUAUUGUUCAAAAACACAUCUCGGUUAAAAAAGAGUUUGUGAAUACACAAGAGCACUAAGGACUUGAGAUGA